CCUUUUUUUGCAGGGCUAAAGGCAAAUAAGGGCAUGAGGGGGAAUAUCCUAUGGUGUCCAUUAAUUCUUCUUUGGUGACUAUGCAUUCACGGGUAUUGGGUAUCUUAAGUGAUCUGGGAUUCAUCAGAUUCUAAAGCCUCUUUUUUCAGGGAAUAGUUUGGCAACCCAUCAGUGAAUAGCAGUCUGCAUUAUGAAGGAUUUUAAAGGUUCUAGCCAUAGAGGCCAAUAUCAUGGGAACUAUGCAGACGAAAGAAUUUGGGAUGGGGCUCGUAGUUCAGUGGAUGAAGAUCUUGAGUGUGCUGUGGCAAUGUCACUUUCAGAACAAGACCAAAAAGGGAAAAACGUGAUUGAUGAUGACUCUCAAUCAGAGGAAGAUGAACAUGUUUCUAAAGCUCAAUUGGUAGAAGAUGAACAACUUGCCAAAGCUCUUCAAGAAAGUUAUCCUUUGGAGGAAGAUGAACAGCUUGCCAAAACUCUUCAAGAAAGUUAUCCUUUGGAGGAAGAUGAACAGCUUGCCAAAACUCUUCAAGAAAGUUAUCCUUUUGCGGAAGAUGAACAACUUGCCAAGGCUCUUCAAGAAAGUUCUCUACUUGCCAAGGCUAUUCAAGAAAGUUGUUUUUCGGAGGAAGAUGAACUACUUGCCAAAGCUAUUCACGAAAGUCAAUUGGAGUCUCCUCCUCAAUACGGAAUCUGUGCAAGCUGCAACACUGAGAUUAGCCCUGGGAAAAUUUUGCGCCACAUGGAUGCUAUUUGGCAUGCAGAAUGUUUUCGUUGUCAUGCUUGCAAUCUACCCAUUAAGGAUCAUGAGUUUUCUACGUCAGGCAAGCACCGUUUUCACAAAUCCUGCCGUAAGAAGCUGCAUUCCCCAAUAUGUGAUGUUUGCAAGAAUUUUAUCCCAAAAAAUUCAGCAGGUCUUAUUGAGUGUAGGGAACGUCCUUUCUGGAAGCAGCAGUUCUGCCCCUCACAUGAACAUGACAGAACUCCUCUGUGUUGCAGCUGUGAAAGAAUGGAGACGAGGGACAGGAAAUAUCUAUUACUUGAUGAUGGUCGGAAGCUUUGUCUAGAGUGUCUAGACUCAGCAGUUAUGGAUACUAAUGAAUGCCAGCCUCUUUAUAUUGAAAUACAAAAUUUCUACGAAGGUUUACAUAUGAAAGUGGAGCAGAAAAUUCCAAUGCUCUUGGUUCAGAGACAAGCACUAAAUGUGGCCAUGGAUGGAGAAAAGAAUGGUCACCAUCACAUGCGUGAGACCAGAGGACUUUGUUUAUCAGAGGAACAGACGGUUACCACUAUCUCUAGGGGGCCACGGAUGGCGGACAACCAAUUUAUAGACAUGAUAACUGAGCCUCGUAGGUUGAUCCGUAGUUGUGAAGUAACAGCAAUUCUUGUUUUGUAUGGCCUUCCUAGGUUGUUGACUGGGUCAAUCCUGGCUCAUGAGAUGAUGCAUGCGUGGCUCAGGCUUAAAGGUUACCCCAAUCUUAGUCCAGAGGUUGAAGAGGGUAUCUGCCAGGUCUUAGCUCAUAUGUGGAUGGAGUCUGAGAUCCUUUCAGCAUCUGGAAGUGAUGUUGCUUCAUCAUCAUCUUCUUUAUCACCCUCUUCUUCCUCUUCAUCAAAAAAGGGUAAACGAUCUGAGUUUGAGAAGAAACUUGGUGAGUUUUUCAAACACCAGAUUGAGACAGAUGAAACAUCAGCUUAUGGAGAUGGAUUCAGGAAAGGAAACAAGGCAGUGGUCAAGUAUGGCCUGGAGACUACUCUUAAACAUAUUCAAAUGACAAAAAACUUUCCUUAUUGAUAUGUAGUAUUUUCCCUACGAGUAAAAUUUAGGUACAGUCUUUAAGUGUUGCAUUUUAGGUUUCGUAAUUAAAUUCAAACACCUUCGUUGAAUUUAAUUGUCAUUAGACAA